AUGCUCCUAGGAAGGCGGAAAAUGCCAGGCAUCGUCCUCUUAGGUCUUCCCGUCUCCCUUUUACUCCUCGUCCUCUGGCACAACGACGGUGCCCUCCCCUCAAUUCCAUCAUCAUCAUCAUCCAUACUACCGCCAAAACCUAUAGAAUGGAAGACAGAACAAGACGAGUCAUACUUUUGGAAAACAGCCAAAGUCAGUCACCGGGUGCCUCAGCUUCAGCAACUCCCCAUUGCGCCCUCGGUCCGCUUCCCGCAAAUCCAGGCCCACUUCCCUCCCGAAACCAGCGUCCAGCGCCGCGUCCGCGAGGAGCGCCAGCAGGCCAUCAAGCAAGCAUUUUCAAAAGCAUGGGCCUCGUAUCGCAAGCACGCCUGGCUCUCUGACGAGCUUACGCCGGUGUCAGGGGGCCGUCGGAAUACAUUUGGAGGUUGGGCUGCAACCCUUGUGGACUCCCUCGACACGCUCUGGAUUAUGGACAUGAAGGAUGAGUUUUCUGACGCCGUUGAGGCUGCCAUAACGAUCGACUUCACAAAGACCGACCUCGAAGAGAUUAACGUCUUUGAGACUAAUAUCCGGUACCUUGGUGGCUUCCUUUCGGCUUUUGACCUCAGCGGUGAGGUCCGCCUCCUUCGUAAGGCGGCCGAGGUCGGCGAGAUGCUCUACAAGGCAUUUGAUACGCCCAACCGAAUGCCGAUUACCCGGUGGAAGGUUAGCGACGCUGCAAAAGGCGAGUCCCAGAAAGCCAGCAACGGCGAGCUUGUUGCUGAAAUUGGAAGCCUGUCUAUGGAAUUCACCCGCCUCUCGAUUCUCACGGGUGAUCCGAAAUGGUGGGACGCAACGCAGCGAAUUAUGGAGAUCUUUGAAGCGCAGCAGAACAAGACUAAUCUGCCUGGACUAUGGCCUCUAGUGGUGAACCCAGAGAACAAGGUCUUCUAUGAGGGCAACGACUUUACGCUGGGCGCCAUGGCCGACUCCCUAUAUGAAUACCUCCCCAAAAUGUCAGCCCUCGUUGGUGGUCGUAGCCCAAUGUAUAAAGCUAUGUACGAGACUGCCAUCGCCCCAGCUAUCGAGCACAACCUCUUCCGUCCCAUGACGCCCGGAAACGACGACAUCCUCAUCGCAGGCCAAGCGCAUUCCCAAGAUUCAGACAUUGAGCUCGAGCCCCAGGGCCAACAUCUCGUCUGCUUUAUGGGCGGACUUAUGGCCCUUGGCGGCAAGCUCUUUGACCAUGCGGAUCAGCUAUCCCUUGCGAGGAAGCUUGUAGACGGAUGUAUCUACGUCUACCGCGUCUUCCCGCACGGUAUCAUGCCCGAGACAUUUUAUAUGGUCCCUUGCCCGACUAAGGAGGAAUGCGAGUGGGACGAGGGUCUAUGGAAGGAACACGUCCUCCAACGCGCGCAGAAGAACGCAGACGACAAAGAACUAUCAGCUGACGAUAUCAUACGCCAAGAGCGUCUCGUCAAGGGAUUUUCUGCUGUACCGGAUAGGAGGUAUAUCCUCCGUCCCGAGGCGAUUGAGAGCGUCUUCGUCAUGUACCGCACGACAGCGGAUGCAGCGCUUCUUGAGGCCGCAUGGGAUAUGUGGACAUCUAUCGAUGAUGUGACAACCACGGACUUGGCAAACACAGCGGUCUGGGAUGUCACGGCCGAGGGCAGGCCACCAGCGGCAGACUCAAUGGAGUCGUUUUGGAUGGGGGAGACGUUGAAGUAUUUCUACCUCAUAUUUAGUGAGCCGGGCUUAGUAAGUCUGGAUGAGUUUGUAUUUAACACCGAAGCGCAUCCCUUUAGACGGUGGAAGUAG